UUGAAAUUUAUUUACCAAGUUGAAGAAACUUCAACGAAAAUCUACCUUUCUCUUUUGCCUGUCUUAUCAUUUUCUUUUUCUAGAAAGUGUUUUAAUUACUUUCAAACACACCGACUGAUUCACCCUCAGCUUCAUUUUCAACUUUUAUAUCGGUGAUUGCGGGGAAUCCCCAAAGGCAGGCAAGAUGGUGAAUAUCACAGAUAAAAUCAAGGAGAUUGAGGAAGAGAUGCGGAAGACGCAAAAGAAUAAGGCCACAGAGUAUCAUUUGGGUCUUUUGAAAGGCAAACUUGCUCGUCUUCGAGCUCAGCUUCUUGAACCAGGCCCUGGCUCAGGUGCCAGUGGAGGCUCUGGGUUUGAUGUCAGCAAAAGUGGCGAUGCCCGUGUUGCACUCGUUGGCUUUCCAUCCGUGGGAAAGUCGACAUUCUUGUCUAAAAUCACAAAGACUCGCAGUGAAGUCGCUGCGUACUCAUUUACCACUCUAACAGCAAUUCCCGGUGUUUUGGAAUAUGGUGGAGCUGAAGUUCAAAUCCUGGAUUUACCAGGUAUCAUUGAAGGCGCUGCGGAGGGUAAGGGUAGAGGACGACAAGUAAUUUCUACUGCCAAAACCAGUGAUUUGGUUCUCAUGGUUCUUGAUGCAACCAAGAAAGCCGAACAGCGAGCAUUACUUGAGGCCGAAUUAGAAGCUGUCGGUAUUAGGCUCAAUCGUGAACCACCAAACAUUUAUCUGAAAGCUAAGAAGGCCGGUGGAAUGAAAAUCACCUUUCAAAGCCCACCUAAGAACUUAGACGAGAAGAUGAUUUACAACAUACUCCGAGAUUACAAAAUGCUCAAUUGCGAAGUAUUGGUUCGAGAUGAUACUGCAACUGUCGACGACCUGAUUGAUGUUAUCAUGAAGGAUCAUAGGAAAUAUAUCCGAUGCUUGUACGUGUACAACAAAAUCGAUAGCGUGAGUGUGGACUUUUUAGAUCAGCUGGCUCGUGAACCACAUACAGCAGUUAUGAGUUGCGAACUCGAUCUCGGCGUUCAAGAUGUUGUUGAUCGCAUAUGGAAAGAACUUCGUCUCAUUAGAGUCUAUACGAAACGAAAGGGAAUUGAUCCAGAUUUCAGCGAGGCACUUAUUGUCCGCAGCAACUCCACAAUAGAGGACGUUUGUGACUCUAUUCAUCGUACACUCAAGGAUACGUUUAAAUAUGCACUGGUUUGGGGGGCAAGCGCACGACAUAUCCCGCAGCGUGUGGGAUUAGGCCAUCCAGUCGCUGACGAGGAUGUUGUUUCGAUUGUUGCGAAGUAAUUUUUGCAGCCAAAAAUACCUAAUGAAGGCAGUUUUGUUACUUUAUGUUCACGAAUUACAGAGUUAACAUGCUUAUUCCGGAAGGGUUGAGCCUAUGUACUGUUCUGUAAACCCACGUCAAUGUAAUGAUGUGUCAUAGUAGGUGAAAAUGAG